AUGCCUUUAAAAAAUGAGUAUACGGGGUUUUGUUUCCAUAAACAAAAAUUAAAUAAAAUUGAUAGAAUUGAUGAAAAUAUAAGUGCAGAACAAUUUUAUUUAGAUUAUAUUUUAAAAAGAAAACCAUGUUUAUUAAGAAGUGAAUAUAUAAUUAGCAAGAGGUGUAAUCUAGAUAUAAAUUUUAUGAAGGAAAAUGUAGAAAAUUUAUAUGUUGAAUUGGAACAAAAAGUAUCAAAUUCUUUCGGAAUAGGAGAGAAAAAAAAAAUGAAAUUUCAUAAAUUUUUAUCACUAAUAGAAAAAGGAAACAGCAAUUAUUAUUUAAAUACACAGUAUAUAAAAGAAAAUAUAUACGGUCCAACUGAUUUUUGUAAUUCAAUUACUCGCCAAAUGAUCAAUUUUCUUCCAAAGAAAUUAGAAAUAAUGGGUAAUUUAGAAAUUUAUCAAUACAACGUUUGGUUAGGAAAUAAUGAUGACAAAAAUUUAAAAACAUUUUUGCAUCAUGAUUAUCAUGAUAAUAUAUAUGUUUUACUAAAAGGGAAAAAAAUAUUUCGAAUAUAUAGUCCAUAUUUUGCUUACGAUUUAAAAACAAAUGGAAAUAUUUAUCGUAUUCAUAACAACGGAUUAAUUACCUAUUCUCCGUUUAUUAGAAGUGAUGGAUCACACUGUUUAGAUGUCUACAAAAAAAAGAUAGAUAAAGUAUACAAUGAUAUUAAUACAAUGACUGAACAUUUAAACAAAAGAAAUAAUUUUAUAGAAAAUAAAAUAGUAGAAAAAUCGAUAAAUAAAGCAGAAAAGAAAUUAAAUAUAUUAGAGGACAAUAUUUUAAAUUACAAAUUAUAUAAAUCUAAAUUCAGAUGCAAAGGAAAAAAAAGGGAUGAUAUUCCAAACCAUUUUUGUAUUAUUAAUACUGCAGAUAGAAAAAAUGAAGUUGAUAUAUUUAGUGAUAGUACUGAUAUAGAGCAAAAAUACAUUGAAGUUUACAUGAAUGAAGGAGAUAUAUUAUAUUUACCAUGUGGUUGGUUUCAUGAAGUUAAAUCGUUUUCAAGAAAAAAAUAUCAUUUGGCAUUUAAUUAUUGGUAUUAUCCACCUUAUAUAAAUAUGAAUAAUUCUGGAGAAGCUCAAAAUAGAUUUUAUCAUCCCUACAUAGACAAAUACCUAAAUGAAAGAAAUAAAAAUUUAUAUAAAAAGAUUGGAAUUUUUAAUAAAGAAAAUGUUUCAGAUAUAUCAGAUAUUUUAUCAUAUUAUAUUAACUGGAACAUAAAAAAGUAUAAAAAGAUAAAAAGGAAAAAAAUAAAAAGAUUUUUACCGAAAAAAAGAUUAAGCAUAUUUAAUUAA